AUGGGCGAUGCAGAGAGAAGAGGCGCCGGCGAUUCAGUGAGCCAGGAGGCGACCCGGCUGCAGAGGCGGGCUCCGUCGUCGAUUCAGAUAAGCCGGCCGGCGAGCUGGAACGUGGCGAUCCCGUUGCUAUCCCCGCUGGUGUCUCCUUGCUUGGAGCAAGUCGAUGUUUUGAUGGGUGAGAACAAGGCGAGGGAGGAGGCGAGGUCGCGGGACAAACCGGCCACCUUUACAAGGUGGAAGCACCCGGCGGCUCCAUUCUAUUAUGGGCCUGUCCAGAGGACCACCCCCUUUGUGCCCGUCUGA